AUGUUAACCUGCCCGUCCUGUUCUGAUGAUCAAAUCGAAGAUGACUUACAAGUCGCAAAACAACUAGUGACUCUCAAGGAAAAUAAUAAGCUUUUAACUCAUCUGCUAUUACAAAUGCAGGAGAAUAAGGAUUUAAUGCAAGAUAAAAUCUGGGCCCUAGAAGAUAGAAUCCAUCAAUACGAAGAUAUCAUUACUAAAUCAAAUGAAAAAGUAAGUCAUCGUACAGAAAAAACGUUCGCUGAUAUCACCAAAACCAGUAACUGUAAAAACGAUCAAGGUCAUGCCUGUUGUCAAGCUCAUGGAAAUCGAAAUAGUGAGAAGCUAGGUCUAGUAGGCACACAAAAGCUAGUAUCCUCAGAGACUGGUAGUGUGCAGGUUAGGCCCAUAACACCAAGAAAAGCUGAAGAACAAAAAGAAGAAGAAGCAAUCAGGGUCAAAUCCACUAAGGUUAAGAAUUCCCAUGACAACAAAAAUGACAAAAUAAAUAGAGACAGAACUCGAACUCAAAAUCAUGUUCAAACUCAACAAUACAUUAAACCAAGUGAUAUAAAUUCUGCAAUCAAAUCAGCAAACGAAGCAGCCAUAAUGAGAGAAAUUCUAGAACUGGGAAAUAACCAACCUCCCUCUGAUGAAAGUACAAAGGAUGGAGGAAACUGGGAAACCAGAAGAACAAAGAAACGUCGAAGAUUCAUAAUAGGAGGAAAUGAGGAAAAUACUGGAAUUGAGGCAGUUCCUAAAUAUUCUACCCUACAUGUGACAAGGCUGAAGCCAGACACAAAGCCAGAAGACCUGGAAAAAUUAUUGAAGGAGCGAUUCCCUGAGGUUCGCUGUGAACAGCAUGCAUCAAAACGACCUGAUCUAUAUGCAACUGUUAAAGUAACAAUCAGGAAAGAACACUACAGAGAGGCGUGGAAAAAGGAAGUCUGGCCAAUUGGUGCCCUGGUUUCAAAUUUUUUCUUCCCAAGGAGGAUGCCACAAAAACCGGAACGCCUGUGUGAAUGA